GGGUCCCGCACAUUUCCUACCAGUUCUUCCCCGACAAAACUGCAUGAUUUUAUAGUAUUCGUACUUAUAUUCUUUACUUGAAAAACAUAUUUCCAAUAUUUGUAAGCAUACGUUGUUAUGGCUGCCCCACUGAAAGUAUGUAUUGUUGGUUCAGGAAAUUGGGGCUCUGCUAUUGCAAAAAUUAUUGGCACCAAUGCACAGAAACUCCAGCGCUUUGCCACCACUGUCAAGAUGUGGGUGUAUGAAGAAAUGGUCGAUGGCAAAAAGCUGUCCGAGAUCAUCAACACCGAGCAUGAGAAUGUGAAGUACCUUCCAGGCUACAAACUCCCAGAGAAUGUGGUUGCAGUGCCAGAGUUGCGGGAUGCUGCGGAUGGUGCAGACCUCCUGGUCUUUGUGGUACCGCACCAGUUCAUCCGGAAACUGUGUGAUGAAAUGAUGGGCUGCGUUUCGGAGAAAGCUCGAGGAAUUACACUAAUCAAAGGCAUUGAUGAAGGACCAGAAGGAUUGAAGCUCAUCUCUGACAUCAUUAGGGAAAAAAUGAGCAUCGAUGUCAGUGUCUUAAUGGGGGCCAACAUUGCCAAUGAAGUGGCAGCUGAGAAGUUCUGUGAGAGCACCAUUGGCAGCAAGGUCUUGGAGAGCGGCCUCCUCUUUAAAGAGCUCCUGCAGACGCCUAACUUCAGAAUCACUGUGGUGGAUGAUGCUGACACAGUGGAGCUCUGUGGAGCUCUCAAGAACAUUGUUGCAGUAGGUGCAGGCUUCUGUGAUGGCCUGCAGUGUGGAGACAACACCAAAGCAGCGGUCAUCCGCCUUGGCUUGAUGGAGAUGAUUGCCUUUGCCAAACUCUUCAGCAAGGAUGACUCUGUUUCGUCCACCACGUUCCUCGAGAGCUGCGGCGUUGCUGACCUCAUCACCACCUGCUACGGGGGGCGUAAUCGACGCGUUGCAGAUGCUUUUGCAAGGACAGGCAAGAGCAUCGAGGAACUGGAGAAAGAGAUGUUAAAUGGACAAAAGCUUCAGGGACCAUUGACUUCUGCUGAGGUCUAUCAUAUCCUCAAACAGAAGGGCCUAGUAGAUAAGUUCCCGCUGUUUACGGCUGUGUAUCAGAUCUGUUUUGAGGGAAAGCCAGUUGAGGACAUGAUCACCUGCCUGCAGAACCAUCCGGAGCACCUGUAAGAGUCUGCCAUGGACCAGAACCCACAGUGUCCCCAUUAGCCGCCUUCUCUCAUCCUCUGGGUGGCCCUACCUCUAACACUUUUCCUUGGUUUUAUAUUUAAAUUCACAUAUAAAAUGUAUUUUGUUUAAGGUCUUUCUUUUCGUCCCAUGUCCAGUUCUACACUAAUGUUAGGGUUGAACUCAGGGCUUUACUUCCGACCUUUCACAUUUUGUUGUCGUCAUGCAUGGCAGAAUGUACUCAAACAAAGUACUUAACUAAUUAACUGUGAUAUUUUUUGGAAUUAAUGUAAGCUUUGUGGGUAAUCUACAUUUAUUGAGCUAUUAUGGAAUUUUUUAAAAUUCUCUCUGUCUGACUGCCCUCUUGUGGAAGCUCCACUAAAUCACCUCAAUGACAGAUGGGAAAAGGUGGGAUUAAAUCCCUUUUAUAUAUAUAUAUAUAUAUAUUUACCAUAGAUAUAAUUUCAUUUCAUAACCCCAUCUACUUUGAGACCAAGUAACAUGGUGCAAUAAAUCUAGAACACUUGUGUUAUAGUAAACAAUGCUGGAUACACCAUGCUCUUGCAUUUUAGAUGCAGCUUUGAUUAGGACCGGAUUGAACAGGAGCUCUCUAGGUAAGUGGCAUCAAGUUGCUUGCUUACAUUGUAGAUCCGGUGUAAUGGAGGAUCCAAAGGUAUGUCCCUUGGUGCUUUGAGUGUGGAGCCAGCAUAAUACCACUUUUCUUAAACAAAUAACUACACACACAUUAUUAAACACAAGGGCAAGCUAGAUGAUUCAAAUGAAGGAUAGACCGUAAAACAAAAUCGACUUUUUGUUUUCUGAGUGUCGUUUAAAUGUUGACUGCCAUUUGCAUUUGAUUAACAUGCUGAGAGAAUGUGUGAUCAGGAUGGGUGAGAUGAACGAAGCUAGAAGAUUCCUUAGUGUCAAGAUGCCUUUCAAUUCCACACUGGUCAGGAGAAUUUCUCAGUCAGCGUAAAGAAUACUUGAAUGGACUCACUCUUGGAAUCAAGGUUGUGCAGUUGUCUUAUGAGUAGCUUUCUAAGGUUUUGUUUUUUAGAGAUACUAUAUCAAUUAAAAGGGGUUCAAUUCUGUCAUCUCCACUUUCCAGCCCUUCUAAGACUAAGUGCUUUGAAAACACACGCCUAUUACAAAAUAUGGGUUUUUAGUGAACAUAUAAUAAAGAAACAUACCGAGAUGACUUUCUAUAAGGUUACAGUUAAAAAUCAUUGAUACAUUUCUAAGCUUCAAGAAUGUAUUAAAAUCUAGUUACUAACCAUUGAACGUUGAAGUUGUUCAUCAGAAAACAACCACAUUCAUCUUCAAUUUUGAUAUUUCAGUGUUACUGUGUUUGCACCUCACAUUUCUAUAUGUAAUCGUUGUUGUACUAUUAAAAUAAUGAAAGAAUGGUUUAGUGAUAUGUGUAGAUGUCUUUUCACUUGUCAAGUGAGUGUUACAAGAGCAGCUUGUGUAAUGGCCUUUUUCUGAUAGCACCAUAUUUCUGUAGUGUAUACAGUUCUGUUAGGUCAGACACGAAAGAUACGCUCUGAGUAGAUAUUUGUUGAAGCAUGUCACAUUAUUUGCUGCUUUUAUGUUCUAUAUCACAGUGUUCAUGUAAUGCCCUGUUAUUAUAAAUGUCUGAAUAAUCAUACUACCAAUACUAAUCUACAACAUAUUUUCAAGUUCAAUCUACUCAAUAUAACACUCCAGUGGAAUAAAGUAUGUUAAA